AUGUCUUCCUCUUUCCCCUUCCUGGCUCUGCCCCUCGAACUCCGCAACGAGAUCUACAAAUACCUUGUCUACACCCCCGCACAACCAGUACCAUACCCGCUCCAACUUCAAAACCCGCCUCCUUACUCUCCUAUAUUCUUAAACCUCUCGAUCUUCCGUGUAAACAAGCAAGUCCACUCCGAGGCAACCCGAAUUUUCUAUUCCACUACAACAUUCACCAUUCGGAUCCUUCUCUCCGAUUGGCAAACAUUGCCCACCAAUACAGCAGCUUCGAGAAGUCAAUUUCAGGUUAUUUACGAGGACCCUUGGUCGGAAGUGAUAUAUACUUAUGAUGAGGAAGGUCGAAUAUGGUACACCGGCUUUCAAAGCUACGGCCCAGGUCCAAAUGUAUGCAAAUUCGUCGAGGAUACCGAAAUAGAAUCGACACCGUCACCAAGAUAUCGAGGUCUUAUACGCCACAUAAGAGUUGAUAUGCUAGAUACCCGAAUCUCAAUGCGACGUCGCGAAAUCUACAAAAUUACGGAUCAAGCUAGAGGAAGAGUUAGAAAGAUCCUUAUGCCUUUUGCAUACCGUCUGCAGCAGAUACUUUCAGGUGCGGGGAAAGAUGUUGAGGUCGAAAUUAAUCUAAUCUCACAGAUUUUUGUGAAAGAAUGCCCGGGGGGAGGGAAUGGAAAUGUUCUUAGGUUCCCCUCGAACUACAAACAAACUAGUGAUGUUCUGGGUCUUUAUAAAGAACUGAUAGAAACGACGUGGCCGUACACGAUAGGACCAUGGAGGUUUAAACUCAACCUACCACAAGAAAUAGAACAGGAGUACUUUGGGUUAGGAAAGGAGGUUAUAAAAUGGUGUAAUGAGAAUGAUGAAGUAUCCGAGGAAGAAAAAGCCGAGUUUAGAGUUAUGAAGACGAUGUUUCCUUAUGUUUGGGUUAUGGAGAAGGGACACUUUGUGGUUAUGGAUGAGAAUUCAGAUCCUUGGGUGGACCACGAAAUGUUUUUCUGA